CUUUCUUCCUCUCUCUCUCCUCUUUUCUGUUCUGUUAUUCCCAGCAGUUUAUUUGUUGUUGUGUCUCUUCUCCCUCCUCACAGCCCAGUUCCUUUGGGUUGAAGAAACAGACUCUCUGACUCAAAUUUCGCAGCAGGUCGCUGAGAUCAGGGCACAUUCCCUCAAAACACCACCACCACCGGUCAGACAGACAGAGAGACCCACUCGGGACAGAGAGACCCACUCGGGACAGAGAGAUCCACUUGGAACAGAGAGAUCCAUUCAGGACCAGGAGAGAAUCCACUCGGAACAGAGAGACCCACUCGGGACAAGGGGAUGAUCCACUCAGGAUAGCGAGACCCAUUCUGAACAAGAGAAUCUACCCGGAACAGAGAGAGAUCAAUUUGGAAAAAGGAAUACACCCGGGACAUGGAGAGAAUCCACCUGACACAGGGAGAGAUCAACCCGGGACAAAGGGAUCCACCCACCACAGAGUGAUAACUCCGGACAGGCACGGGAAAGCGGGUUAACCCUGAACACAAUGGAGGAUUGUGAGGUGUAUGAAAGGGACUGUAAAGAAGCUGUCUCCCCAUCUUUUCUCAGAGGGAUCUCUUCCAUCCUGACCCUCCUUGAACUCGCAGUCAGUGCGGGAACAGGGGAUCUCAGCGAGGCCAGCAGUAAACAAUUCAAGAUUGAGAUUGAAUCUGCACAACGAGAGAUCCUGUCAGCGGAGGAGGCUGCGAGUAGGAUUGUUGAUGACGUCGACGCAAGUUGUGAGAAGCUGAUGGUUCAGCACGGCAAAUUGAGCAAGGAGCAGAAGGAACUGCAGAAAUGCCUCAAGUGCACGCAGGAUCAGUUGGUGGAAGCAGAGGACCAGAGGAAACGGACUGAGGGGCAGCUCCAGGCGGCUGCUGUGUCUCUGAAGCAAAUGGAACAGACCCUGAGGGGAGCCAGAGCCAAAAAGGGAGAAAAACAAACGGGGAGAGACAUAGGAAUUGGCCUGAGUUUUGUUAUCCCCUGCAUCGGGAUCCCCAUGGCUGUUGCCUUUGAGAAGGAGCGACUGUACAGGAAGUCUGAAGUGGACGUAGCUGUGGAGGAUCUCUCCCAGGUGAAAGCGAGCAUUAUAAAGGAUGAGGAGGAAUUGGAGAAACUCACCAGUCAGUUCCCUGAACUGGAGAAGAAAAGGGAUGAGACAGCAGAGAGUCUGAGUGUGGUGAGGACAGAGUUACUGAAGUUUAAAAGAUCCAGAGCUGCAUUGGCCAAUGUACAGUGUAAACUCAGGAACUGUUACCAACACCUCUCAGCUCUACACGGGCGAGUAAGUGCAUUGAAAGCUCAGGCACAGCACAUGUACAGCAUGGCUCCCCUGAUCCCAUUUGUAAGGGAAACCUGUGCAGAAGCUCAGCUAGAAGGUCCAGGCACUGAGCUCAUGCUGACUGGCUCACAGAUCCACAAGGUCAUCGAGAGUAUAAGAAUCAUGCUGCCCAAACUGAAGGAUCCUAACCUUUCAGACAUUGCCAGUUAUAUGUAACCUUCUUUCAAAAUGUUUCUUAAUCAGAGUGAAAAGACAUGUGAUUAUGGAGUAAUAACCAGGUAGAUCAGCUGCAGAUGAACAUAGGAACUGAAGUAGAUCAUUGAGUCGCAGAGUACAGCAGGCCAUUAUGCUUAUGCUGACACUUCCAAUUGACUGUCCUUCUCACCUUGCUGUUUCUCUCUUUAUUUUAAAUAAAUGUAUAUAAAACCCAUUUCAUUGGUUGACCUAUACCUUAACUUCCAUCGAGCCACCUCCACUCUGGAUUGUUUGAGACAACUCAUCCCACCAGCCCCCCCAAAAAACACACUGUCUCUCUCUCUCUCACAGACACAC